GAGGCAGAUUUGGCUCCAGAUAUAAACACAGAGAUCCUCUCUGGCCCAGUUGCUCACUUCACUGUUAUCACAACUAGCAGGCAGUUUGCUCCAAGUGGCCGAAAAAACAGGAAAAAAGCAGGAGGGAACGAUCUUUGGCACAUUCCCCAGGAUGGAGAAGGAUUCUCCAUCCAAGCCAUCUGUGGCUGAGCUGGCUGGAAGGUUCAAAGGUCAUAUUCUACCAAUGCCCACAUCAAAUGAUGAGUUGCAUUUUCGAAGAAGACCUCCUUCGUCCCUAAAGUUGCAAAAUCAAAAAGAUGAAAAUGAAGAAUCAGAUAAAACGAUUGUCUCCCCAAAUCCCUUUAAAAUCAAGAUGAAGAACUCCCCCAUCAUUGAGAAACUUCAGGCCAAUCUUGCUCUGUCACCCACUGCUCUGCUGCCUUCACCCAAGAGUCCUGAGGUGAAGCUCCAGCCGGCACCGUUGUCUCCCACCCCACCCUGCAGCCCUCUGAGCCCCCUGAGCCCCACCCUGCGGCCUUCACAUCUGUCCAGUGAAGAGGAGGAUACCGUCAGCUUUGAAAGCCCUCCUGAAGGCACCCCACUGCCAAGCAUUAACAAGACUCGUGCACGACUAUCAUUCAAGAGGCGCCCGCCCACGAGACAGCACAGAAGGUCAGCUAGAGAGGAGGCGGGAGCCUUUGGGAGUGCUCUGUCCCCAUGUGAACUGUACAGCCCAAAAGAAAAUGGGGACAUGGACCAGGUUUUCGACAGCCCAGCAGAGGAAGCUGAAUAUGGACAGCCAGCCAGUCUGAAAGAAGCUGAAGAGAAGGACAGGGACUGUGAAAAAACAGAGGAUGAGGUAGCAAGGAGUGACCCAGAUGACAGGCAACAUCUGGAGGAGAAGGAGGAGGAGGAAGCAGAACAAGCCCAGAGUUCGAAGAUUUUCGAGGAGGAACAGCAGCUUUCAGAGCCUUGCCCUGUCCAGCAGAUAGAGGGCGAUGUUAGUACAGAUAUAGGGCAGGAGGAGAUGCCUCAAGAGAAACAGCAAGGGGGAAAUGACAUGGUGUAAGCUGUGAAUAUUUAUGUAAGAAAAAAACAAACACAUUUAUGAAUAAGUUAUUUAGUGCUUUGAUUAAGAGAACUCUUUGAAAAAUACUCCUCAUAAAAAGAUCUUCUGUUUUGAAUGUCUUGGUACCUGUUCUGAUUUAAGUCCCUCGGUUGCACUCUCCUGGCUGUCUAUGGAACAGUGGAGAGUACUAUAAACACUGGAGAGUUGUGAGAAGCCGCCGGUCUCUGCACAUGGAAAUAUGCAUCAGUUUAUACCAUAUCCAUUAUUAGGCAGAGGAAAUUUGUGUCAUAUUGUACAGAGUCUGCAAUUUUUUUCUUCACUGAAAUUUGACAAAGUCAAAGACAUGUUUAAGGGUCCACUUCUUUGUCGUGCGCACAGGACUUUAGAAAUACUGAAUGCUGGGUUGAAAAAAAGACAACAAUAUUAUUAGUCUUCACAUAUAUGCUAGCAGAAAUAUCAAAUGUUUUGACAUCGUACCAAAUCACAAUCACUUUAGGUUGAAAGUUAGUUAUUUGCUUAACUAGUUUUCUCUUGAUGUAUAUGGGUCUACUUCUCUGCUUGUCUUUUAUUUUGUAAUGCUACAAAAUAUCUAAAUCACAGAGCUACUGUGGAGUUGGGUCUUCAGUAGUUAUCUACAGAAAUGUUAAGAAAAUAAACAGCCUCCUUCUUAUGUAAGAAAAAAAGUUAAAUUGUUUGGUCAAAUGUUUGGGUUGAAAGAAUCAAUAUUAUUGACAUAUUUAUAAGGCAUACACUGUGUAAGAAAGCAAGUUUUGAACAUUAAAAUGUCUCAGAAAGCUGCACAACAUAACAGAAGGAAUUUUGCCCUGGUAAUUAUGAUAAUGAUGAUGCAGAAGUGUCUCUGCCUGCUACAGUUCUCCUGUGUGGCCAUCCUGCAAACCACCACCAAAAGCUUCCCAACCCAUUCAAAGACUUCUGGGCUAAGAAGGUGCACGUCAGGCGACGGUGUAGCCUCUGCGUAGCCGUUGAUUUGACGGAGAAGUAUAAAUUGCACUUAAGCCCCGGAGCUCCACUGACCCUCGAAUUGCCCUCAAAAACUACACUUUAUUGCAUCUGUUAGGAUGAAUGACACUGAUAAUUGUUUGUUAUAUGGAGUCACAUCAUUUUCCACAGCAGCUCUGCCCAAUUUCAACCUACACUAAACAUAUUAACAGAUUUGGAGGAAUGUAUUCAUAAAAUUCAGUUAUUUUGAUACCUCUACAUAUGACCUGAUCUUUUUAGAACAUGAUGUGCCUGUUCCUGAGGUCAUUAUUAUCAUGGUUUAAAAAUCUAGUUUUCACCUGGGGCCGUUUGUGAUCUGUAUUGGUGGCCAUUUAGACUUGCAGAAAUUGCAAUAAUGAUUAAAAAAAUGUAUCUCUG